AUGGCUGAAGAUGAGAAACCAAUAUUCGCUUUGAUUGUCGGGGGUGGGCCGAUCGGAAUCACGACCGCACUUGCGCUCGCUCGUUUUGGAUAUCGAAGUCUUGUUCUUGAACGACAUGCCGAAAGACUGGGACAGCCAAAGGCUCAUUUCCUCAAUUCCCGGACACUGGAGAUAUACCGGCAACUAGGACUGGAUAUGUCACCUUUGAGGAAAUGCGGUCUUCAACCUGAUGAAGCUGACGCUGUACGGUUUGUCUCUUCUAUGACCGGGGUUGAGUUUGGUUUCAUAGAUUUCAGACAAAAUGAGGACCAGGUAAUCUCUCCGGAAGUACCGUUCAACGUGGCACAACCGUAUCUCGAGGAUGUGCUCCUGAGUGCCGCCCUGGCAACCGGCAAAGUUGAAUAUCGACGGAUGUAUGAGUGGAAGGACUGCACGGAGUCGGUCGAAGGUCUCAUACUUUCUGAAGUCCUACGCCGGACGCCGAACACUACCAUCACGAUCAAAAGCAAAUAUCUGAUAGCAUGCGACGGGGCGAACUCCAGAGCUCGAGAAAAGCUCGAUAUCAAAUUCGGACCUGCGCUUGGUGGCCAACAGGAGAUCUUGCAUUAUGCCUCGGUCCACUUUUCUGCGGACUUGUCUCAUCUCAGGACUGGGGUUUUGUGGUUUGUUCUGAACCGUGACAAAAUGGGAGUGCUAAUCGCGUACGAUCGAGCAAAGAGUUGGGUCUUUUUCCACCCUUACAAUCCUGAGUUAACUCCCAAGGCGACUCUAACUUCGGAGUAUUUUCGAGGCCUUGUCUUUGAAGCAAUUGGAUACGGUCCGGCGGAUUACAGAGAACUUGGUAUUACAAUAUGGACAACAUCUCCAAGACUUGCAGAAACGUAUCGGUCGCCAAAAUUGCGAAAUGCCUUUCUCGCUGGAGAUGCAGCCCACAGCUUUCCUCCCACAGGCGGACUCGGCGUCAAUUCUGGGGUCGCGGACGUCCAGAACCUUGCUUGGAAGAUUCAUGCGGUCGAAGAAGGCUGGGUAAGGCCGACUUUCAUCGACGACCUAUCGACUGAACGACGGCCCGUUGCACUCGCCAAUGCUAGACAAAGCAAAAUCAACGAGGGAAAGAUCUUCCGCCUAGCCUCGGCGAUUUUCAAAGGGGGAAGCAAGCCAGAAGAGCUCAUGGCAGACCCUGCUUCACGUCUGCGAAUCCAGGAAGCGAUCGAUGACAAUUGGGAGCACUUCCAAGCACCUAACCUUCAACUCGGCUAUGUAUACGGACGUGAUUAUAUCCGCGGCCCAGCUGACUAUAUUAAAGAACUGGUACCCGGUGCCCGACUUGCACACUACUGGCUUUCACUUCAGGGGCGACAGGUCUCAAGCCUGGAUUUGAUCAGCGGAGACAAAUUUGUCCUCAUGACGCCCGAGGGGUUCACGGAAUUGAAAGAAUUUACCGUUGUUGAGACACCAGUCGUAGUGCAGCAGCUCACUCGAGACUUUGAGGACAUUGAUGGGAGUUGGGCAGCAUUCAUGGCUCAAGCAGAACCCGCAUCUUCAGUUCUGGUGAGGCCAGAUCAGCAUAUAGUCGGUCUCGUGGAUUCCAUCGAAGCGGCAACAUCAAUGCUGUCAGCCUAUUUGCAAUCCGCGAAUUGA